GUGCUUUAAACGCCUUUUCUUAGGUCCGACAAUAUGGUGUGUGCCACUAAACUCUCCUGACGGAAUUUAAUGUAAUUAUCGGAUUACAGUGCUGCCGCACUGAGGCUAGAAAUAUUUACUACUAUCCUGACGACCGAGGUGUUUUCCGUCUCUGCUGCUUUCUCAGGCAGUAGUGACUGGAUUGUACAGUGUUAUUAAAUCCGUUCAUUUUGACAGCAUCGGUUAAGCUGUUAGUUAUUUGCGAGAUAAAGAUUUUUGUCGAGGAUUGGAGAGCUUUACGCACAGCCAGGACGCACAAGUGGAGAUGUCGACUGUGGAGUCGAGGCGAAUAUAGAGGGAUCUUCUUAAAACGAGGCUUUGGGUAAGUUUAAUUUCACACUUUGAAUCAUAAAUGUGUAAUUAUAAUUAGUUUCUUUUUAAGUUUAUUGUAUUCUGUGAGUUUAUUUAAUGAUGUUUGAGAUAUUUUGUGUAAAAGAUAAAGUUAAGCUGAGUUAACCACAGCUAAAAGGACUCCAAGUUCAUGUUUCCAAGUGUUUCCCCAUUAACAGCACUAUUUUCAGUGUAUGAAAUGUCAAAAUAGUUGAGUUUAAGAGUUGUCAUGUUGUUUAUAUCUAUAGAUCAAUUUUGGAUGAUGUAUGCAUCUUAAUAACGGUGUAUUUUUGGAAGUGAACUGAUAUAACUGAAUUUUCUGAUUUCCAGACAAUCGUCAGAGGCUUUGAAGACAACCGCCGCUCGUCUUGUCCAGAAUCUGCUUCUGUUAUGUCUGUGUCCUCUCUGCCGGAAUGGAAGCAACUCCUGCUGGAGAAAAAGAGGCGAGAGGAGGAGGAGCGCGAGAGAAGGGAGAAAGAGGAGGAGGCGAAAUUUGCCAGCAUGCCCGCCUGGAAGCGUGGGAUCAUCCAGAGGAGGAAGGCGAAACAAGACAGUUUAGGCGACAAAGACAAAGACAGGGAGGUCUGUCUGCUGCAGGUGGAUGCCAGAUGUCCAUCUGACUGUCUGAGUGACACCGACAGCUUCAUAGCCGUCAAUUUUGGGAGUGAGCUGUCACUUAGUCCAGAUCCAGGGCAAUGGCUGGACGCAGACAUCAAAUCCCUGAGUCAGGUGUCUGUAGAAACUAUCGUUCCUCUCCAUGAAAACCCUUUCAUUCGCACGCAGAGUGCAAAGAGGAAAGGGAGGGAUGCAGACCUAGGGGUCGACCUGGAAGCUAGAGAGAAAUCGAGUACCAGGAGUCAAGAGGGGGAGUCAGGGAGAGGAAGAGAUAUAGAGCUAAAAAUAGAGAGAUUCAGAGAUUUAAGUGAGGGACGGGAAACAGAAAAAAGCCGGGACAGGAGUCAAGGAAGAGAGCAAGAGAGAACAAGAGAAGGAUGGGAGAAAGAUAAGAGUCAGUGGAAAGAGUCGGGUAAAGAUCAAACCAGAGAGCAGGAGUUACUCAAAGCCCUGAAAGAUGAUUCAGAAACAGAUCCACAGUCUUGUUCGUCGUCUAUCGUCCCUUGUCUGCGGACCAUCCGAGCCGACAACAUCAUUAUCAUCGAGCAAGAGAGGAAGGGCGCAGAGGAGAGGAGGGGCAGAUGGAGGGAGACAGAGAGCGAGAGACCCGAGGAGGACCACCAGGGCAAGAGAGGGAUGAAGAUGAACCUGAGGGAGAUCCUGUCAGGAGGGGGAUGUGUCACGGAGAUCAGAGCGUCUGAGGUUCUGAUCAUAAAGCCCUCGGUGAGCCCUGAAGAGAGGAGUCCAGGAGGGGGAGGAGGGGGUAAAAGUUCAGGCAGAGAGGAUGGAGAAAUGAAGGGGAGUGUGGAUGGAAGGAGGGAGAGCAUGGGCCGGGAGUUUCGAACAGAUAUUUCCUGGCUACGAGAAAAAGAGAAAGAAAGACCGCGGGGCCAGGCGACAGUAAUCAAAGAGGACAAGAAGGACAGUGCGGACGAUAGCAUGUUUGAAAGAGGAGGGAGAGUCAGCCAGCUGCUCAGCAAAUUCGGAGAGCACCCCAAGCCUCCAUCUCGAUCCAAAAGCUCUGAUAAUUUCCUCCGACCCGGGAGAAGAAAACUGUCAGAUGAAGAUGAGCAGCAGUCUGAGGAGAGGAAGACAGACGGGAGGAAUACUUUGCUGAAAGGUGUGCCCAAACGCUCUUUUAGCUUUUCUGAUCGUGUCAUCUCUGCCAAGGAGAACGGUUUGGACGAUAACGGGCAUUAUGAGAAGAAAACACGUGAGAGGAUACAUUCAGACAGGAGCAUGCCAGCUUGGGCUGACCUAACAGGGAAGGAUAUCAAACUGGGGAACACACGGUUUUUAGAGAAAGAGCGGUGUAAAAAAGAUAAAGAGAGGCAUUUCAAAAAUAAAGAGGAAAAGAGGGGUCCCAAGAUGAGGAGAAAUGAUCAAGAGAUCCACUUAAAACACAGAAGUGAAGUCAAGAAAGUGGAACUCUUUGACACAAAGGUCAGUGAGAAAGAUAGCGAUGCAGAUGGAGAUCAGGGGUUCACUGUGGCUUCUGUCAAAAACACAGAAGGAAUCUCAUUUGCUCGCAGGGUACCAAUCAGGCAGGAUGUGAAAGCGAGAGCCGACAGAGACGCGAAGCAAACCACAGGUCAAAAAAGUUCAGAGAGAGAGCCGAGUGUAGAAAAAGACUCCGAAUCAGAGAGACAGAAUGAAAAGGUGACAGAUUCUCAGAGGGAAGAGGGCUGUGAAAGUAUAACACAAACUGAAAGUGUGCAAAAGAGUCAUGGCGCCACAUCCGCAGAGCUGGCUAGUCCAGGUCACGCUCAGUACAGACAUGAAUCAGCUUUUAAAGAGUGCUCAAGUCUACUCUGCGCUAUUUCAGACAGAGCUAGAGACGCUCAUAGUGGGCCAGAGUGGAGUGGCGGAGGGUCACAGGCGUCUUAUCUUGCGUACAACGUUUUGUCCAAACAAACAGAAGAACUUAUCAGUAAAAUAGAGAAAAUAGGAGACACAACUGUUUACCACAGCGAGAAGAGUGAAAGGGCUUGCAAGGGUGCUUAUGAAAUGCCAAAAGAAAGCAAACAAGAUGAGCAAACAAUCAGUGAUAAUGAAUCUGAGGGCCCGGCUCAUAAUAUGAAUCCCAAAGCUACUAAAAGGAUUCAACCUGCCGGGAUCCAUCCAGGUCCCCUUGAGAUUCAAAUCCCGAGGAGUGUGUUUUAUGUUGCCCAAGAAAUGGAGGAGAAAAAGAAGAACGAGGGUCAAAGUGAUGAUGGGAAAGACUGGGAAGCAGGUAAAGGAGUCGAAAGGAGGGAUAGCUGGAGGAUCGGGAAACCCCUCAGCCGGAUUGAGUCCCUGCGAGAGAAGAUAAGACAAAGAGAGCUGGAGAAACUGAGACAGAAAGCAGCAGAGGACGGAAGCGAAGGUGAAGCUGCAGAAAUAAAUGCUACUGCAGGGCAGAGUAACGACGAGACGGGAAGUGAGAUCGAGAAAGAGAGGGAUGGUGCAGCACAUAUGCGGAAGAGGCCUGUCGAAGCGGAGAGGGGACAGGAAGAUGCAGCAGCGCAGACAUCCAUGACGGCAUUUGACGUCAAACAGGAAGUCAGUGUGUUGAAAACCAACCCUCAACUUCCUGUUCCUGUCCCACACUCACAAGCUGUCAGAGGGGAGGAAGUAACAAGCGGGUAUGCUGCUGCUGCUGCUGCUACUGAAGGUAUCUCUGAAAGCCUCCAAACAACCGAGAAUGAGGACGAACCUUUAAAACAUGUCGAGGAACAGCUGAGGAACCCCUGGAGCCAAUCGGAGAAUAAAGAAAAAGACAGGAAGGACGAGGACAAGGAACUAUCCGAGGGGAAAUCAGAGGAUUAUCCAUCGCCUUUGGACUCAGGGCAGCCAUUCUCAUCGUUUUCACCACAUCCCAAUUCCCUAACAGCCAUGAGCCGGAUCUACAACCUGGAAACAGUCGGCUCAAGGUCGGGCUUGUGUCUGAGGGAGAGGACUGUCGAGAUCCCACCAGUGCACCUUGUGAAAGUGAAGCCGCUCAUGUCAAACUCACCGCAAUCUGACAGCAAGGAAUCAUCAGGUGACAGCAGUUGUGGGGUUCAGACGAUCCAACAGCAGAUAGAGCAGUUUCAGCUGAAAGAGCAGGGAGCACUGAAGUCAAGCACGUCAGCGAAUAAUCCUCACGAUGCCAGAGGGACAAAGGGGCAGCCAAGCUCUAGGGGACUGUUGAAACACCUGCUCAAAGACAAUGCCAAGAACCAGGAGAAAGAUCAAGAAACGACAGAAUCGAACCCCAAAGUGUCGUCUCAGCGCGCUUGUUCUCCAACGUCUCGGCUCAAACCGUCCAGCCAAACCAUCAACAUCAAUCCAUCACAUCUACGAAGCCAAUCCCCGGACAAUACCUUGAAACCCCCAGACUCCACCCCGACCCCAUGCUGCUCCCCAAGUUCAGCAUCCCCUGCCCAGUCUCCUGGUGUCUCCCCGUGUACCACCCCAUCCCCUACGCUCUUCUCCAUCAGGAGUGCCUCCGGUGGCCAAGUGAAGAGAGGCGCCACCAUCACGAUAUCUCCAAGAAAACCUGCUGUGGUGACGAGCUCCACGACGAGCUCCACGACCGGGACCACCACAGCAGGGUCCACCACUGUAACGGCCGAGCCGGGGAAAAAGAAGUACCCCACUGCGGAGGAGAUCGAGGUGAUCGGUGGAUAUCAGAAUCUGGACAAAUCCUGUCUGGUCAAGAACAGAGGAACCUCAAAAAGGGUAGGUGGCGACUGUGUGCUAGUUUGUUUUCCUUUGACUGAGAUAAUCUCAUCAAACACUAAGCUUUCACCUCUGAACCACAGACACAAAGACACCAACGUAGUUUUUAAAUUCCAUGUAGGAAACACAAACAAACUGAAGGACUCUUGAUUUCAAAACGGUGUCAAAAUGGCGCUUCACCAAGGCCAGAUUUGACCGUGAUUGUCGACCCCUGCUUCAUGUCAGAGGUUGGCUGGAGUGCAUCACCUUAUGUCACCUGCCUGAUGGUCGCUGGUUGUCAAGCUGAAUCCCCUUUCACUUGGAGAACAUCCCCUUUGAUUGAGAAGUGCGAUCGCAGAGACUGACCUAAGCCGGUUAAAGCCUUAUUAAGCACGGCAUCUUGAUUCCUAACCAUAAUAUCCUGGCGUUAUCUGCUUUGCCACUCGCUUGUGCGGUCAAAUUCUCUGCUGCCUUUUGACUUUUACGCAAGAUGAUAAAAAUAACUCCAGAGACUUAAACCAAACCUAUGCAGACAGCGAAAGAGCAUUACGUAUAUGGUCUAUUGUUUGCCCCACAAAAAAACAGAGAGACCACAAACGCGCUCUGCUUCCUGCUUUGUCUGUUACCUUCGGUUAUUCCUGCGUGCGACUUUAAAGAAAAGAGCUUGGGUAUAUUUGACUUAGUUUGCAGAAUAUAAGAGUUAAGAUUACAGGCUUCAGCUGAGACAGAAAAGUCGAAAUAAGGAACCAAAAUUGAGGCGUCCAGGUCCUGUUUUUUGCGUGUUGUCUGUCUACCUAACAUCACAUGGUUGUCUGUGUGUAUGCAAGCAGAACCACUCUGGUAUUUACAGUAACUCACUUUGAGUGCUUUCAGCUCAACCUCUAGGGAAGUCAGAGUUCACAUUAGUACUUUUAAGUUUCCUCUUUUUUUUUUCAAGCUUUUCCUGAAUCCGGUCCUUGUUUGAGAACGAGUGGGAGAUGAGCACUUAUGUAAUAAAGGAAAACACUGGGAUGAUGAAGCUGCUCAGUGCAGCAGAAAUGAACCGUCCUGAAUGACAACAUCCUUUGAUGAUCUCUGAGACUGUAUUCUUGGUUUCACUGCAACUGAUCAGAAGUUUGUUACUGAACUUUUUCCAUGUAGGAGUUGUAAAACUUGCAGAUUAUUUCCCCUGUUGCAGACUUCCUUCUUGUUCCCUCACAUCAAUUCUGCUCUUUUUGUUGAGUCAGCCCUCUGAUCCCCACAGACAAAUCUCUCUUUGUAUCAUCUCGGCUGUUUCCUAGCGGGGGUUUAGUUGUGAGACCAGGGCCUUGGCAAACAGUUUCUGACCACGCUGACCCUCCGCAGCAUGACUGAGCACUACUGACAGUAGGCUGCCAACUCUCAGUCUGACGUGGGUGAAAUGGAAAGAGAGAGGAGACGGGGUGUUGCAGAAAGAUGUCAGAAUAACUCAACGCCGGUCUCAAUACGCAGACAAAGAGCGAGAGCGGCGAAGGGCGUAAAAUGACAGUUUGACAGUCAUACUGAGGGGAUUUAAGCUCUUCAUUCGCUUUAACAGUACCUCCCUGCCACAGUGAAUGUUUUUUGCUCACUUCCCUGUUUCAAACUUCUUCACUUCCUCCAAAUGAGACACAGAUCGACAUGAGGAAGCGUCGCUUUUUUCAUUUUUGAAAUUCCAAACUGAGACUUGAAUGCCAGCUCUUUUCAUGCAACGACUUCUGUUUCAAAAACUUUACAGAUCAACAUAACACUAGAAAGAAAUCAGCUCUGAUUUGAUUAUCUACAUGACAUUCCUCUGGCUCUGAAUCAGCCCAUUGCUGUGACUUCAAAUGAGAUAAAGAAAUAUUUAUCUACAAGCACAGUCCUCUUUUAGCAGCAGGGAAUGAUUCUCUGACCACCUGUCGCUUUCCCGGUGAUGCCCUUCAGACUGUCUGACGUCAGGCUUCCUUCCCUCCCCCAUCUGACCCACGCCAUCUUGCCCCAGAGGGGGGUGACCUGUUUGUUUGCUUGUUUUGCAUCCUCCUCUUCUUCUCCUUUUUCAUACCUAUCCUUUUCUACCUUAAAGACAACUUUUCCUCAAACCCUUUGACUCUGAUGCACAAAUGAUUGAACUUUUGCACAUUCAGGGCUAAAGUAUAGAUCAAAAUAUCAAUCUCAGUAUCUAUAUUUGAAAAUUUGAUGCCCGUUGCCUUUAAUCUGAGCCGUCCUGUGCAUGCUUUUAAAAGACUGGAUGUCUUCCAGAGUCAUUAAGGAUGGUUAGUCGUGAUAAAACAGAGCCCGAAGUUUAGAAGUUCCUGUCUUUUUUGAUCCCGUAUUCUCCUUGAGUUUCUGUCUCACACCCAUCGCCUCUGCCGCCCUGCUGCGUUAGCUCUGGUUAAUCGGGUUCAGAGAGGGAGGAUUAGCCUCCUGUGCCUCACCAUGAUUCGCCCAGCCUCUCUAAUGCAGAGCUAUUAUUUACUCUCUUCUGCAGACAGACACUAUGAGGAUGAAGCUGCAGUAACAAGGCCUAGUUUGCAUUGUGGUGCCUGUUAUUUUUUGUCCCAAUAUUGUGUCUUCUCCUGUGGGUGUGUUAACUGUGGUACAAGUCAAGGCCUCAGAGAUGAGUCUCUGUUAUGACAAAACACAGUGAAUGUGCUGUGCUGAGCAAUCAGUGUGUCUUCAGUCUGGUCUGUUUACACCACACUGACUUUGGGGUAAACACUCCACACAAACAUCCGACAAUCCAGAACAAGACGACUUAAACUCCCAAAGGUCUUAUUCGUGUCCUUUACGCUAAAACCAUAAAUCUGCCUGGUCUGCUGCAUAAAUGUCUAUAUUUGGAUGAUGGCGCUCUUUCCUUGAAUAAUCAAAAAGUUAGUUAAUGAAGCGUCCAGUAAGUAAAUCUCAGAGAGAGUAAUUCUGUGGCGUUAAGCCUCAUGCUGUCAGUUAACAUUACACUGACAGAUUACAAACAUCUCACAGGGACUGAGUCUCACUUUAAGCACACAUCAGAGAAAAACUGAUCAGCUUCAAAAUCACUAAAAGAUCUUUGCCCUCACCUGUGCAAGAAAAGACAUUUUUAAGUGGAGGUUUUAAUAUUAUAAAAAGCACUUUACUAUUUUUUUGAAUGCAGAGUUUCAAUUUAACAAAGCGAACUGAAACUGAAUCAUCGUCUUCCUUCUUUUGUUUACAGGGAAAAGUCUGUUUUGAUGAGGACCAGCUGGAGCAGCUGUGCGAGUAUCCGUCAGAGACCUCCAUGUUGGCCAGUACCCCCUUCCCUCAUGACCUGUGGAGGACUGAGAGGCCACAGGAUGAGGAGGCGCAGGAUGAGGAGGCGGAAGUGGAGGUGUCGAAAGGCACAAGGAACAUAGGGAUUUCAACAGGACGGGGUCUAAGAGUCGGUCAGUUUCGCCCCUUACUCAGAAAACAUGAACAUAGUUAGUGAGAGCGAAAUUGUCUUGUUCUUGGUGUCCACAAACUUUCUUCCAGUUUGAAAAAUAUAGAUAUAUAGCAAUUAAAGUUGCAAACCUGUCAAAAUUGGUGUUAAUAUACAGCAAGUGGAGUUGUGUUCAUGCAGGUAUGAUCCUCACAAAUCCACAGAUACUAAGAAUGUAAAAACUGUUAGACGAAAUGUAACGUCACCCCCUGAAUUAUAAUAUAAAAUCAAUCUGAAAUGUUCUAUUAUUCAUUUUUGAUCUCUGUCUCUGUCUUCCAGAUGAGUCCUGCCCUCGGUAGAAGCCAGCCACCUCGCCAAAAUUGUCCAUGAGAUGAAAUGACCAUCACCUCGUGCUCGUAUAACAAUAUCACAUGAUGUUUAUAAUGUUUCACUGUUGAACUGAAUGAGUGACUGUGAUAUUUGUGACUUCUUUGUUUGAGAUAGCCUCAGAAUGAAUGAGUGUUGUUGAACAAAUGUAUAGUACGUUUUGGUUUAUGCAGUUGAAAAUAAGGGACACAAGUGUGCUAACUGGAUAAAAUAUCAUUUAGUAAUAUUUUCAGGGAUUUGAAGGACAAAUGUGAAUGUAUUAGCACGGUACACAAUAAAAGACCCUCAGGUGCGCCCUGUUGGGCUCUUACGGAUCACUUGACUAUGCAAUAUAACAAUUAAAUUUUAUCUGUAGCGACUUUAUUCUAUAGUUUAUUUUGAGUCAGUCAUUUUCUAAAUUGAAGUAAGCACUGCCUCAGCACUGAAGAGUGAUGUUUGUAUCAUCUGUUUUCAUGUGCCUGCUGGAUCUGCCCAUACAGAUGAUAUGAAGAUCAAUCUGUAUAAAUUAGACGUGUGUCUUUUUUGAUGUUUUUUUUCUUUAUGGACUGAAGCCUUUUUGAAUUAACUCUUUCAGUGGGUGUUGUGUUGUGUUGUGUUAAAUGUCGCAGAAACAGGGGUGGUGCAAUGUGUGCAGGAUGCUUGUGUGUUUUGUAGGGUUUAAUCGAGCCUUACAGUUCACAAUAACAACUCUGGUAACAAUUUAGUCAAUAUUUAUGGAUGUAAAUGAAAGAAAUAUGUUAUUGUUUGUGUCAGAUAGAGAGAGAGAGAGUUUUGUGAGAGAGUCCUGGGAAAAAAGCUGACUAAAGAACAUAAAUUAUCAGACAAACAUCAUCACAUCACAGCCAUUACUAAACUAUUGGUUCUAUUAACCCUAUGAUACAAAACACAUGCAGAAUAUUUCUUAUGAAUAAAGAUUUAAUUGGUUAAAGUGACUGCAAAUUAUUUUUUUUCUAUGACUUUUAUGAAGCUGGCUUCAAAGAGAAAAAAAAUCUAAUAAAUAUUUCUGAAAAUA